AUAAUUUCAUUAAUCGAUGAAUAUUCAGUGCUCGUGUCGUGAUCAAUCGAUUGAUUAAUCGAUGUCUUAGUCAGUCAUUUAAUUCAAAUCGAUUAAUCGAUUGAUCGAUUGUUCGAUUAGUUGCUUGUCGAAUUUAUAAGCCAAUUCAUUAUUUCAAUAAAUUAUUUCAAGGUUUUAUAUGAUUUCUCGUUGACAUUAUUGAUUUUAAUAUAUGUAAUUUAUAUUCUGUUUCUUUAGCUUUCUAAUUUUCAAUCCCGUAAUUUACAAAGUGUGCGUACAUAAGGUAAUUCGAGCAUUGUUUUUUCCUCUAGCGGUAACUUAUAAUUCUCUAUUCGCAUCUAUGUAUCUAGUUAUCUACUUAAUUAUCUGUACAUUUAUCUAUGUACCUUUCUACCUAUCUAUCUAAAUAUCUAUCUAUCUAUCUAUAUCUGUCUACUUCUCCUUUUUCUCCCUCUCUCAUUCUAUCUCAAAGGAGGGUUCGCUUACUCGGUGCUAUGUCUACUACGUACUCCCGUACUCAGGAGAGCGACGCGUGGGCCCUUCUGGCACUGAAGUCGGCACCGGCCAGCCCGACGAAGAUGCAGUGGAACCCGGAAGCAAAAGGUGCACCGAUUGCACGGCUAGAGGGUCGCGAGUUUGAAUACAUGGUUAGACAGCGACGUAUCACUAUCGGACGUAAUAGCAGCAAGGGUGAGGUCGACGUCAACAUGGGCCACUCCAGCUUUAUCUCACGACGACACCUUGAAAUCUUCUACGAUCAUCCUUUUUUCUUUAUGACUUGUAACGGUAAAAAUGGUGUUUUUGUUGAUGGAGUUUUUCAACGAAAGGGUGCGCCUGCCUUCCAAUUACCAAAGACGUGCACAUUUAGAUUUCCAAGUACAAAUAUAAGACUCGUAUUUCAAUCAUUAGUAGAUGAACAAGAACAAAGUAAUAUACCUGUAUCCUCUCCUCCAAAGCAUAGAGCACCAUUACCACCUUUACGUAUUAAUAUUCCGGAUACGGGUUAUAGUAGCCCAUUUCCUUCUCCUACUGGAACAAUCAGUGCUGCUAAUUCAUGUCCUGCUAGUCCACGAGCAGGACAGGGAAGGAGAAACAUAUCAGCAGAUCUCCAAAUGGUAGCUGUAUAUGCAGCUGCUGUUGCAAAUGAUCCACAAAAUUCUAAUAUGGAAAGACAUGAUGGAGGACAAAGCUCUAAUAGACAAAUAAGUCCUGAACUUGGCGUUGAAUCACGAUACAGAAGUGGAAGUAGUAGUGGUCCAAAUGGUACAACAGCACAUUGUAGUCCACCAAAGGAUGAUUCUAAACCUCCAUAUUCAUAUGCACAACUAAUUGUUCAAGCAAUAGCAUCUGCUGCAGAUAAACAGCUCACAUUAUCUGGAAUUUAUUCUUACAUUACAAAAAAUUAUCCAUAUUAUAGAACUGCAGAUAAAGGAUGGCAAAAUUCAAUAAGGCAUAAUCUUUCAUUAAAUCGUUAUUUUAUUAAAGUACCAAGAAGUCAAGAAGAACCAGGGAAAGGAUCAUUUUGGCGAAUAGAUCCACAGUCAGAAGCAAAACUUAUUGAACAGGCAUUCAGACGAAGAAGACAACGUGGAGUUCCAUGUUUUCGAGCUCCCUUUGGACUUUCAUCUAGGAGUGCACCUGCUUCGCCAUCUCAUGUUGGAAUAAGUGGCCUAAUGACGCCGGAAUGUCUUAGCAGAGAAGCUUCACCAGGACCAGAAUCUUAUCCAGAUAGUACUGUAUCGUCUCCAGCUGGUCAAUUGACUAGUCAAUCUGCACCAGGGUCACCUGGUCAUCCAUAUGCAUCUUCAAGUCAAUCAUCUCAUAAAGGUCGUCUGAUGCAACAAAUCACUGUUGUCACAAACGGUGUUAGUGGUGAUACAACUAGAGAAGAUAGUUAUAUUUUUUCAGAUAAAUAUGUAUCUGGAAAUACUACAGAAGAACAUUCUUUAUCUCCGGCUGGACAAUAUAGUCCAGCUCCUGUUAUUGUACAGACAACAUAUAACUAUAGUGGAAGCUUUAUUGGUCCCGACGCAGGCGUCGGAGUUGCAAAACGUUCACAUGAAGAAUCGGAUAGUUCUCCAGGUUCACCGGCACCGCUCGCUAUUGUCGAAAGUCCUGAACCACCUGAACAUCAACAACCAUCAACAAAACGUCAACGUGUUCAUGAAAUGGACGACCAUUGAAUUAUCGUUGUCCUAAAUUAUCGUUACGUAGGAUAUUUUUUUGUUACAUCGCGCUACUCGCUCAUUGUCAAAUAUAUCUGCACGCGCGUGUACUUCACACUUAAUUGUGUGUGCGCCCGUAAAUACGUGCACGCUUAAUGUUCAGAAUUUCAAAUUAAUGCCCAUAUUCAUACCAUGUUUAAAUCUCUUCAUACAUUAUCAUCUUCGAUGCGCGCCAACAAAUAUAUAUAUUCAGUUCUGUACUGUUUUUUAUUUGACCACAUAGUGGUUACUUUAGUUUCUGUAUAUGAUGAAUACUCGAUACAGUUUAUUGUUUUAUGCAACAAAUGGAAUAUCCGUAAGAAAAGCGAGAGCAGACAAAGUUAUUCCCUCGUCUUACAUUCUAACAAUUUGUUUUAUCUUCUUAUUUGAAUUUUCGAAGUUGAAUGAACUAUUGCUGCAGUAAUAUAAUCAUUAUUAUUAUGAUCACGAAUAUAUAUAUACAUGUGUGUGCGUGUGUGUGCAUGCGUGCAUGCACGUACGCGUGUAUACACAUGUAUAUAUAAAUACACACACACACAUAUGCAUACAUAUAUACAUACAUGUACGCGCACGCGCGUACACAUACACACACACAUACACAAUUUCGUUGAAUAAAUUUUUCACAUUUUUGUUUGAUGACAUAUGGGUACAAGAAGAUGACGGAAACUUAUACGUAUUUAUAAGAAGGAGUAAUAAAUAUUUGUAACAUUCUUGAAAGAAUAUGAUAAGAAGCAUUUUGAUGAAAUCAUAUCUUAAUAUAUUCGAAAACAUGUUGAAUCUCAAUAGAAGGAAAUAUUAUGUUAAAACAAUUCACAUUGUUUGCCUUAGUGCUUUAUAAAAAAAAAAUCACCUGUUCUAGAACAUUGCCAAUAUUGGUAAAUGAACUGGUUUGAGAAGUUUGUUGAAAAUUAUAUAUUUAUAUUAUCAUGAAUAAGUUGAUAUGUGAACUAGAGAUGGGUCGAAAUCUGAUUUUUGAUUUGUAAAUUUAAAUUCAAAACUUCGAAGUUUCGAAAUUCUUGAAAUCUAAGAAUGUUUAUUUUUUUCUCAGAAAUAUUUAUUUUGUCAAAAACUAAAAUGUUUACAAAUUUUAACUUUUUCAAUCGCAAAUUUGUAAUCAACUAUGAUAAUUUUUCGAACAUAGAUUUAUAAUUAAUUAAUGGUAAUGAUAAUUAUUUUUUUGAUAAAAAAUUAACUUUUGGAAUUGAAUAGGUGAAAUCAUAUCAUAAAUCAAAUUAUUAUUAUUAUUUAAAUAAAAAUAAAUUCAUAUUUUCACAAUGUUUUUCUAAUUAAUUAUAUAAAUUACUUUUAUAUUAUAUAAAAUAAUCUCUUUGUCUAAAUUCCGAGAAUUUCAAAUCAUAAAAAUAGCAAAAAAUUUCAAGAGAUUUCAAGCUUUAAAGUAUCCCAUCUCUAGCAUGAACUAUAGUGUUUUUCCUUGAAUCAAUUUAACAAGAUAUAUAAUUAUGUACAUCUUUUUGAAUAUUUUCUCAAACAUUGUUUUUAUUGACGUUGUUCAGCCAUUAUUGGGAAAGAAGAAAUUGUUCUCUGGUCCUUUCCGAUUUUUGAACUCGUCGAUUGUUCACGUUGGAUUAAUUGGUCAUUGAAAUCGAUUAUGACACUAUUUGCAUUCAUUGAAAUGCUCGCAAAUCGUAGACACAAACUUUAGAUGUAGUUCUGCGUAUGAUUCUGCAAUGUUUCUAUUUAAAAAAAAAAAAAAAAAAGAAAAAGAAGGAAAAAGAAAGAUAAGCAAUAAUCUUAUGCUGAAUACGUCGAUCGAAAUUUCUUUCUGACGUGCCUGUUUAUCUAAGGAAGAUAUUAACGUACUAUAAUCAUACAGGAAGAGGUGAUAGUAUUUUUGUUGCCACUUGUAAAUAAACUCUUAAACGAAUA